ACAUAAGCCACUGGACCAUCCAUUUCCGGCCUAUAUAACCAUUCAACCCUUCUCCCGUGAAUGCUCCUGCUCAAAUGCAGACCACUCGCCCAAGUUCAAGAACCGAUCACUCGACCGCAACCAAAGCCCUCCGCCACCAAGAACAUCCGCAGACGCAUCAGAUCCGCAAAUUAAAUACAAGACAGGUGCGGAAGCAUGUCGACACUCACGCCCAUACAGGGCGUCUUCGCCAAAGUCCACUCCGCCUCCGGCCUGACGUUCCCGGAAACGGUCGCGUCGCUGCUCAAGCUGGGCGUGACGCGGUACCACGUGGACUACGUCGCGCGCACGACGACGACGUACACGCCGCGCUCGACGCCCACCUCUGCAGAUGACAAUGCCCCGACCACGACCAUCGAGACCGAGCACGUCGCCAUCCCCGCCCCGGCGGUCACGCCAGGCACGGCGUGGGACCAGGCCGGGCUCGCGCGGGCCAUCCGGCGCGUGCAGGCGCGCGAGACCGUCUACGCCGAGUUCGCGCGCGAGUGCGUCGACGCCGGCGUCGCGGGGUACUUGGCCUUCUUGGCCGGGAAGAGGGUCUUGUAUUACGGGCUCGACGGGGAUGUGCAUGUGGAGUGGUUCCCUGGUGCUAGGCCCAAGGAUCAGGAGUAG